UGUCAAGUAACUCCUGGGAAUAUACUUCCGGAAUGUACUGAACAUCGGUUCAUAUGUUUGUGUGCCUGCCUUUCUAGUCGAGUAACAAAGCCUACAACAUAACAGGCCUAUGAGGGCUUCAUCAGCAGCAGUGAAAUCAAAGAGUGAUUUAAAAACUGACUUUGACCGUUCAUAAAAUCGCAUACAUUUAUGGACGAGGCUUCAUUCCCAGUAGUUGGUGUUGUGAUUGCUGUCGUGUCCAGUUUUAUCAAUGGAUCCACGUUUGUACUACAGAAGAAGGGGAUACUGCGAGCCCGCAAAUCAGGUGGGACCUACCUGACUGACUGUGUGUGGUGGUGUGGUACACUUGCAAUGAUCGUUGGACAAAUAGGAAAUUUUCUGGCAUACAAUGUUGCCCCUGCAGUUGUGGUCACUCCCCUUGGAGCCGUUGGUGUCCUAUUUGGGGCCGUUCUGGCAUCCUGGCUUCUUCAGGAACAUCUCAAUCUCAUAGGGAAACUUGGCUGCGCUUUGUGCUGUUGUGGUUCAGUUGUGCUCAUCAUUCACUCACCCAAGAGUGAAAAUGUCACAUCAAGAGCAGAACUAGAGGAGAGACUGAUGGACCCAGUGUUCCUGGUCUACAUCUCAGUGGUGGUCCUAUUACUGAUCGUACUGAUCGGGUGGCUUUCUCCAGCUCACGGAAAAUCCAACAUUAUGGUGUACGUGGGCAUUUGUUCUCUCCUUGGGAGUUUCACUGUGCCCAGCAGCAAAGGUCUGGGACUGGCUGCUCAGGAGGCCUUCAGUGGAACACCUACAAGUGAUAGCAGAGCACUUUUCCUCUUCCUGGGGUUGCUGGGAAUUCUUGUAGUCAGUAUUCUGAUCCAGUUCACCUUUAUUAACAAAGCCUUGGAGAGCUUCAGCUCUAACAUGUUUGAGGCCAUUUACUAUGUGACGUUCACCUCCUGUGUCAUUCUGGCCUCUGCUAUUCUCUUCAGGGAAUGGACAGCACUUGGCAUUGUGGACUGUUUUGGUAUCCUGUGUGGUUUCAUCACAGUAUCUGUGGGUGUUGCCUUAUUGCGCAUCUCUCAGGAAUCAAAAUUUUCUUGGAGCCAAACCAAAGCUAAAAAGGACUAACACAUGAGUGUGUAUUUUUUAUCAAUAACUGACAGGGUUUCACAAACAUUGAUUGGAUAUUAUGUAUUGAUAGUAAUUAACCAUUGCAGAGCCAAAUAAGGGAGAGGUCCUA